CAGGGUUGGGACGCCCCCAGCCCCCCGGCCGAGCACGCAGUGAGAGGCCGGGGGCGCCUCUACAGGUCCCACAGCCGGGCCUAAGGACUCCUCUGCUCCUGCUGGAGAGCGCCCUCUGCCCACUUGCGCCGUGGAGCAGGGCGCAGGGAACCCGGAAGGGCCAGGGCUGGGGCCAAGGGCCCAGGCGCGUUCUCAGCCAGCCCUGCGGGCAGAGCGGGGCGGGCCUUCCCAGGAGGAGACCGGAGGCGGGGACCCCAGCCCCUGCUCCUCACAGCCGCCCCGCUCCGUCCGCGGCCCUCUCCCCGCCCCGCGCGCCCUCGCGUCCUGCCGCCCCACGGCCAAUCCGCGCCCCGGGAGGCAGGGCGGCGGCGGCGGCGGGGCACAGAGGCUGCGCGGAGAGCUCGAGCUUUGUGCCCCUCGGCAGCCACUGCAGGAGGAGACCAAGAUGAAUGCAGAGAUAUGUCUCAGGUCCAGGAGAAUGCAACUGAGGAAAAUCCCUUGAAUUUGGCCAUGAGGUCUGAUAUGACCUGUGGUGAAGCAGAAAGGCAUGGUAGUGAAAAGCAGAUUACACUGGGCUGGAAAGCCCGAGAGGAGGUUCGGCGUGGUGGUGGUUGGCCUUGGCAGAGCUGGCUCUGUGCGGAUGAGGGACUUGCGGAACCCACAUGCUUCCUCAGCGUUCCUGAACCUGAUUGGCUUCGUGUCCAGACGAGAGCUCAAGAGCAUUGAUGGAGUUCAGCAGAUAUCUUUAGAAGAAGCUCUUUCCAGCCAAGAGGUUGAGGUUGCUUAUAUCUGCAGUGAAAGCUCCAGCCAUGAGAACUAUAUCAGGCAGUUCCUUAAUGCUGGCAAGCACGUCCUUGUGGAAUACCCCAUGACACUGUCUUGGGCAGCAGCUCAGGAGCUGUGGGAGCUGGCUGAGCAGAAAGGGAAAGUCUUGCAUGAGGAGCAUGUUGAACUCUUGAUGGAGGAGUUUGCAUUCCUGAAAAAAGAAGUGGUGGGGAAAGACCUGCUGAAAGGGUCUCUUCUCUUCACAGCUGGCCCACUGGAAGAAGAGCGGUUUGGCUUCCCUGCAUUCAGUGGCAUUUCUCGGCUGACCUGGCUGGUCUCCCUCUUUGGGGAGCUUUCUUUUGUGUCUGCCACGUUGGAAGAGCGAAAGGAAGAUCAGUAUAUGAAAAUGACUGUGUGCCUGGAGACGGAGAACAAAAGUCUGCUGACAUGGAUUGAAGAGAAAGGGCCAGGUCUAAAACGAAACAGACAUUUAAGCUUCCAUUUCAAAUCUGGGUCCCUGGAGAAUAUGCCCAAUGUAGGAGUCAAUAAGAAUAUUUUCCUGAAAGACCAAAAUAUAUUUGUCCAGAAACUCUUGGGCCAAUUCUCUGAAAAGGAACUGGCUGCUGAAAGGAAACGCAUCCUGCACUGCCUGUGGCUUGCAGAAGAAAUCCAGAAAUUCUGCUGCUCAAAGAACUAAGUGAAAGAAGCACGUGGCACUUCCAAGAUGGGACUGCAGUUUGAUUUUUAUCCAGAGUUGACCUUUGUCUCUCUUCUUACAAUUAAACAUGGUUUUGCUUAUUAUAAUGAGCUGUGUUGGGAGUGAUAUUUGGAAGUGGGGGCACAUGUAGUGGGGAUGAAAGAAGUAACUUUGGUUGAGGCUUUAUAUGCUUGAUUUCAUUUACUGUCCCCACAGCCCUAUCAUAUUAUCAGACUUGUUUUUGUUAGUAUAUUGUAAAAUUUUGUUUGAAGUCACCCAUAUAGUAGUAGUAGAAAGUAAAUAGCAGUCUCUAAACCCUACUUAUACACUGAGCCACCACAAAAUAGUGCCUUGAGUCUCUUUGCUACUUUAAGGAAUUUUAUUUUCUUCCACAGACUUCCAUCAGGUGACUGCUAGGUGCUGGGGAUUCUAAAAAUGAGUAAGACAUAGCUAGUGCCUUCAACAACUCACUGUCAAAAGGGAACCAGUCAUAAUGUAGUAGGUACAGGAAAAUGGUGAUCAGGAGACGGGUUCAGGGAAGACAUCCAAACCAAAUUUUAAAUAUGUUAGCUGCAUAACGGUCAAAGGGGGGCUUUCAUGGCAGAACAAAGGGAAGGAAGUGAAGCAGGUUCAUGAGUGCCCUGGGAACUCUUGCCCGAGCAUCGGGUCUGGAGGAGGGAGUGACAGAGGGUCAGUCUGAUCGCCAAAGGCCCUAUAGGCCAGGGGAAGGAGUGCAGUGUUCCUUGUUAGGCAGUCCAGAGGCGCUGAACAAUGUUAUUUAACGGGAGUGGGAUGGCCAGGUUUCCAGUUGGGUAAAGCACUCAGCUGCCUGAAGGUGAUGUGACUGGAGACCGCACAGGAGGCAUCUGGGUGAGAGCCAACCAGUGUAUUGGUACUCGCAGCCCUUGGCUUGUCCAGACUCAUCGCUCAUGAUGAGUAAAAUUCUGCAGACCCUGAGGCAGAGCUGAGUCCCAGGAAGCUGCUCUCAUUUCAUGGUUGUCCUGUUGCAUUUUCUUCAAAGUUUGUGUUAGAUUUCUUGCUUCUGUAAAUGUCUCUCUCUUAGUUUUUGCCUACUCCCCACUUGGCAUUGUGAGGUUGAACCAGUUCUGAAGCUGUGAAGUCACUGGAGGCAAUGUCUGCUUUCUACCUCUAUUACUCUAUUACUCUACUACCUCAAGGUAAAGCAGGUUAAUAUAUUAACUUAAAUCUAAAAAGAUCCUUGAGGUAAUUAUUUUAUUUGCCAUGUAAAACAAUUUGUAAUAAACAUUGGUUGAUUGGUUUUCUUGUUUUAUUAUCCAUAUCAAAUGCCCCUUGAGCCCAGGGAAUAUGCUUAUGUUUGUAUGUUGUACAACACCUAACAUGGUAUAAUUAUUAAAUAACCGAUGAUUAAAAGCA